UCACGGCUCAUAGAGAUGUGCCAUUCUUUCAUUUAGAAACCUUCGUUUUUUCUUCCUGGCGUAGAGGAAGAGCUGUUUUAUCCUUAGGAAGUCUCCGUAGCAUGGACAAAUCCAUUCUUCCUGGACCCAACGACAUCGUGAUGACCUCACCGCCCGGCUCCUUCCAGCAGCAGCCCAUCACCCCGCCCCGUCAGAACCACUCCUCAUCGCUGAAGCCCAACCAGGUGGGACAGGUGAUCCUGUACGGCGUGCCCAUCGUCUCCCUCGUCAUCGACAGCCAGGAGCGGCUCUGCCUGGCCCAGAUCUCCAACACCCUGCUGAAGAACUACAGCUACAACGAGAUCCACAACAGGCGCGUGGCGCUGGGCAUCACCUGCGUGCAGUGCACGCCCGUGCAGCUGGAGAUCCUGCGCCGCGCGGGCGCCAUGCCCAUCUCCUCCCGCCGCUGCGGCAUGAUCACCAAGCGCGAGGCCGAGCGCCUCUGCAAGUCCUUCCUGGGCGAGAACACGCCUCCCAAGCUGCCAGACAACUUCGCCUUCGACGUGUCGCACGAGUGCGCCUGGGGCUGCCGCGGCAACUUCAUCCCAGCCCGCUACAACAGCUCGCGGGCCAAGUGCAUCAAGUGCUCCUACUGCAACAUGUACUUCUCCCCGAAUAAGUUCAUCUUCCACUCGCACCGCACGCCUGAGGCGAAGUACACCCAGCCCGACGCCGCCAACUUCAAUUCCUGGCGCAGGCACCUGAAGCUGACAGAUAAAACCCCCCCGGACGACCUGGCGUUUGCCUGGGAGGACGUGAAGGCCAUGUUUAACGGGGGCAGCCGCAAGCGAGCCCUGCCCUCAAGCCAGUGCUCCAGCAUGGGCUCGGUCAAGUCCGUCAACUCCGUCCUCCCCCACAUGAUCGCCCCCGACCUCAACCAGAAGAGGGCCCGAUUCGAGGAGGACGAGGACAUCGACGGCAGCAGCCUGUCACCUAACAAGAACCCCCGCAAUUACCCCGUCAUCCCAGUCCCCAGCAAGGGCUUCAGCAUGCUGCAGAAGUUCCCCACCGCCUCGCUCUUCCCCAGCCCCUACACCUUCCCCGCGUUCAGCCUCUGCCAGCAGAAGAAGGACGACAGCGAGGCAUCCAACGGACAGAAAAACAGCGGCCUCUCCGGACUCUUGUGGCCCGGGCGCAAAGACGCCUUCUACCCACCGUUUUGCAUGUUCUGGCCUCCCCGCACCACCAGCGGCAUCCCGGUCCCCACGUACCUCCAGCCACAGCCCAACACUAUAACCUCACUGACGGAAAACUCCCCGCUGAGGCAGGCCUUCCUCGACCUCUCGGAGCAGGGCGAAGUGGGCGCCGGCGGCAUGGGUGCCAACCCUCGAGCGGGACUCUUUGAGAACGACUGCUCCCCCAUCACCCCCAGCCUGCAGCCCGCGUCAGAGAGCUGGCUCAAGCUGCUGGACGCCCCCUCCCUCCACGCCAGGAAAGCCAGCUACCACUCGGCCUUCCGCCCUGUGGUGAAAGACGCGGAGAGCAUUGCCAAGCUCCACGGCAACCUGGAGGACUUCGGGUCGGACCGGCACCUGUCCCCCGGCACCAGCUGCAGCUACCAGAGCGAGAGCAGCGACAGCGACGAGGAGCAGGAGGUGGACGUGGAGACUAAGCAGGACGAGGAGCAGGAGGACCUGGGCGGCAGGCAGCAGGCGGAGGCGUGCGGCCUGAACCUCCAGGGACUCGCCAACGGCAUGGGGGACCAGAGCAAAGACUCAGGCCCCUUCCCCAGCGCGUCCCCUGAAAAUAUGCUGGACAAGCGGGGCCUGGCUGUCACUCCAUCUGCCGUGCUGAAAGACCCCAGCCCAAUUUCUGCUUCACUGGAGGACAUGGCCUACAAAAAUGCUCAUAAAAACAGAGGGGAUGGGCAGUCAGCAUUCACUACCAAAGACAAUAGUAAUUUUUCAGAUGAAAACAAAGAGGAGAGAAACUUCUUUGUCUCAGAAACGGAAUCCUCUGGGCAGGAGUACUGGAGAGACAGUGCAGGUGAUCAAAGUCAAGAAGCAAAUUCACCUGUAUCCCUUAAAAAGGAUGUUGAAAACAUGGAAAAAGAGGAACUUCAGAAAGUCCUCCUGGAACAAAUUGAUUUGCGGAGGAGACUGGAGCAAGAGUUUCACGCACUCAAAGGAAACACCACAUUUCCUGUAUUUCAUAACUUUCAGGACCAAAUGAAAAGAGAGCUGGCAUACAGAGAAGAGAUGGUACAGCAGUUACAAAUGAUUCCCUAUGCAAACAUCCUCAGAAAAGAGAAACUUGGAGCAAAUCUCAACAAGAGCUAAAAGGACACCAGUCUGAAAGCACAUCUGCCACAAGAAAAAUCAACAGGACCAGGCUUUCCAGGAAUAUCUGGGACAAAAAA